GCCUGGGUGGAAACAAUUUCAUUCCAGUUUAAGUGUCGGUUCAAACGUGUCGAUCAUUUUUUAUCAAAUAAUACAAGUUAAUCAUUCGGACUUUUCUAUUUUUUUUUAAAUUGCCAUCAGACAAUUCCAAAAUGGAAUUUAGAGAUGUUGAAGAAGCCAAAGACACUCCGGAACCUGUCCAGAAUACUUUGGAGGUGAAAGUGUUCAAGAGGCGUUGGCUCCAACUUGCGCUAUUUAUCCUGUACAGUGUGAACACCUAUAUUCAUAUGUAUCAGUACACAAUCAUCAGCAAUAUAAUAUGCAGGUAUUACAACGUUUCCUCUCUGGCCGUUGCCUGGACCACAAUAAUUUCUCAGGUGGUCUAUUUGGUUCUGAUAAUUCCAUGCUCGUAUCUGAUCAAUGUCAUUGGUCUGAGAUGGUCGAUUCUGGCGGGAGCAACGGUAACGUGUCUCGGAACAUGGAUAAAAGUUUUUUCAGUAUCUCCGGAUCGUUUCACCGUGACUUUAAUCGGCCAAACUAUAAUUUUUGUCUCAAAAACGUUUAUCCGACCUCUGCCGGGAUUGUUGGCUGCCCAUUGGUUCGGCCCAAAACAAACCGCCUUUGCGUCUACCAUGGCUCAUUGUGGUGCGAUAAUUGGGAUAUCCCUUGGCUACACAGUAAUACCGAUGAUUGUCAAAAACCAUGAAAAAAUUGAGAAAGUCGGCCAAGAUUUGUCGGUGUUGUUCUGGUCGGUCGCCGUAUCUUCUACUGUCGUUUGCGUGGCCUUGAUGUUUCUUAUUAAGGACAAGCCACGUGUACCACCGAGCGCUGCUAAGUCGCUUCAGAUAGCAGGUGGCAAAGGUAAAACCAAAGAUUAUUUACCAAUAAUCAGAAGAAUAUUGAGCAACAGGGAUUACUUGUUACUGUUGAACUCGGUCGGUAUAGUGUUCGGUGUCCAGAGCGCGAUGUUAACUAUGCUGAAUCCGCUUUACCUACAACACUUCAAGAAUAGCGAAAAAGAUGCUGGAAUGCUGGGUUCGUUACUCGUCAUCGCAGGAGCCAUUAGUUCGAUAACUGCUGCUCUUAUUGUCGACAAGAGUAAGAAAUUCAGAGAGAUUGCAAUUUCCUUCUGCGUCCUUUCCGUCCUUGCGGAAAUUCUAUUCGCUGUGAGUUUCCUCGCUGAAAUAAAAUGGAUGGUAUUCGUCACCGGUAUUUUGCUCUGGAGUUUUUUGAGCGGCUACAUAACAGUGAACUACGAAUUGAACAUGGAACUAACUUAUCCAGAACCCGAAGAUAUUUGCUCAGGUUUACUGUUCGUGUCGAUAAGCAUUUACAAUUCCCUGUUGAUUUUGAUUUUGGAUAGGUUGAUGAAAGCCUACGGAGACAAAGCGGUGCACGCGUUAUGCACACUACUGUUCAUCCUCAGCACGUUUUUGACUUGCGUUAAUAAAAGCGAACUUCGUCGCCAGAAGGCUGCUGAAUGUGCCCUGAAAUACAAGGCUGUCCCUCAAAAGUAAAUGUGAAAAUUUCAUCCCUAGGAGGGCAGCCUAUUUCACGGACUGACUCAGGAAAUCGGACAAGUCAUUUGUCAGAACUGGAGAGUAUCUAUAAUCAUGAAAUAUCAGGAUGAGAUUUAUGUUUCGCAAAGUAUUUUUGAGGAUAAAGAAUAGCAUCGGGCAUUGAAUAAUUUGUAAUGGUCUUUUCUCGAGAAAAUAAUAUAUACGCUUUACACACGUUAAAUUGAAACCAAAAAAUCGAUCACAUCUUGACGAUAAAAGUAAAAAUUUAUGGCUGCUACAUUUAUUAUACGUAUAGUGUAUUAAGUGUACACUUUGAUGAUAAACUAAUUAUGACACAGUGCAAGAGAAUCAUCUGGAGAUUGUUCUGCGGUGAUAAAUUAGAUUUAUAGAACACUUUUAUAUGGUUCAAGCAUUUUUUUUUGUCUGCUUUUUGUACGUAAUGUAACCGUUUCUGCGACAGAACAAAAAAAAAAAAAUGUGCAUCCUAGUAGUGAAAAAUGCUGUAUUUUGUACUUCACCGU